AUGGUGAAGCUGGAUGUGACCUGCAUGCGCCAUCUGUCGAAGCACGACAUCAGGGUGCUCACGGCCGUGGAGAUGGGGAUGAAGAACCACGACCUCGUGCCCGUGGAGCUGAUCUCGAGCAUCGCCAAGCUCCGGCACGGCGGAACGCACAGGAUACUGUCCACCCUCCUCACCUUCAAGCUCAUCGCUCACGACCGCUCCUCCUAUGACGGGUACCGGCUGACGUACUCGGGGUACGACAUCCUGGCCCUCAAUGUGCUCCAGGCCCGGGGGCACAUCUGCGCCGUCGGCAGCAAGAUCGGCAUGGGGAAGGAGGCCGACAUCUACAUGGCGCAGACCCCCGACGGGGACCAGGUGGUGCUCAAGCUGCACCGCCUGGGAAGGACGUCGUUCAAGGCCGUCAAGAACAAGCGCGACUACCUCAAGAGCCGGACGUCGGUGUCCUGGCUGUACAUGUCGCGGCUCUCCGCGCUGAAGGAGUUCGCCUUCAUGACGGCGCUGUUCCAGCACGGGUUCCCGACGCCCACGCCGCUCGAUCACAACAGGCACGUUGUUCUCAUGAGCCACGCGAAGGGGUACCCCAUGUACCAGCUGAGGAGCGGCGAAAUGGGGCACCCGGACGUGGUCUACCGGCAGUGCGUGGAGAUGAUCGUCCGCCUGGCCCGGCACGGCCUCAUCCACUGCGACUUCAACGAGUUUAACCUUCUCGUGGACGAGGAGGAGAGGCUGACGCUCAUCGACUUCCCGCAGAUGGUGUCCACUCGCCACGUCAACGCCGGAGAGAUGUUCGAUCGGGACGUCGCGUGCGUGGUGAAGUUCUUCUCGAUGAAGAUGAAGCACGUGCCGGAGCCGAGCGACAUCCCUUCCUUCGCGGACGCUGUUGGUGGGGCGGGCCGCGAGGGUGUGGAGCAUCACCUGGACGUGGUCGCACAGGCAUCUGGUUUCUCGGAGAAGGAGGCCCACGACCUAGACGCGUUCGUUGCCACCGAAGGCUGGGGAGGGGGCGACGCAGAUGGCGAUGAGGAGGAGGAGGGGGGAGAGGAAGAGGGAUUAAACAGCGACGGUGAAGUCGACGAGGAAACCAAAGGAUCAAAAGCGAGGAAGGCAAGAGGGGGAAGGGACGACGGUGGGGUUGAGAGCGAACAGGAGGAGGAGGAGGAGGAGGAGGGGGACGAUGCGGCCAAGUGCAGCAGUGGCAGCUGUGGCGAGGAGGGCGAGGGCGAAGGCGUGCGAAUACGACGGGUGAAGGCGCCAGAAACGGUCACGAAACGCGCGCACGCAGCCGUGCAGCGGCAGCGGAGGGCGGCCGGGGCGGGCGGCGGAGUGGGGAAGCCCACGCGAAAUCACCAGAAGAAGAGGGAGAAGGGCAAGAUGCUGUACAAGCACCGGGACUUUUGA